GCCAGCCCUCCGGCCUCUACCAUGAAGCAAGAAGAAGAAGUGGUGGCUGCAGCAGCUCGAGAGGAUGAAGACUCCCAGCUGAUUUACAGGAUCGAGCGUCCUGUCUACAAUGAAACUCUGAUCCAGGCACAGCUUCUUAAACGCAAAGAAGACACCACCACAAAUUGUCAGAAGCUGGCAGAAAAGUUCCAGUGUUCUUCAGAGAAGGCCAAGGCAGCAGCUCUGAGCUUCAUGCCUAUUCUCUCAUGGCUGCCGUCGUAUCCAGUCAAGAAGUACCUCUUUUCAGACGUGGUCUCAGGUCUCAGCACGGGAGUCGUGCAGCUUCCACAAGGACUAGCCUACGCUAUGCUGGCUGCGGUGCCUCCUGUUUAUGGUCUGUACUCCUCCUUCUACCCGGUCCUGCUGUACACCUUCUUUGGCACGUCCAGACACAUAUCAGUAGGUACCUUUGCUGUCAUAAGUCUGAUGAUUGGGGGCGUCGCUGUGAGGGAGGCACCAGACAGCAUUGUUUUAGGUCUUCUCAGGUUUGGCUUUGUAGCAAUCUACCUCACCGAGCCCCUGGUGCGAGGCUUCACCACAGCAGCAUCCAUGCACGUCGUCAUCUCCCAGCUGAAGUACUUGCUGGGGGUGGAAACGCAGCGUUAUUCUGGGUUUCUCUCUGCUAUUUAUAGUGUCAAAGCAGUGCUCAGCAGAAUCACCAGCACCAAUAUUGCCACUUUCCUUCUGGGCCUCGGGUGUAUCAUCUUCCUUUACGUGAUCAAAGUUCUCAACGAGCGCUUCAAGAAGAAGCUGCCCAUUCCCAUUCCUGGAGAGAUCAUUGUGGUCAUCGUGUCCAUGGGCAUCUCCUAUGGUUUGUCGUUAUCAAAGGAAUACAAGGUCCAUGUGGUUGGGAACAUACCAACAGGGCUUCGCCCUCCUGCUGCCCCAAACAUCUCGCUGCUGCCCAAUUUGGUCACAGAUUCUUUUGCUAUAGCGAUUGUAGGAUUCUCCAUGGACGUCUCGCUGGCCAAGAUCUUUGCCCUGAAACAUGGCUACAGUGUGGAUGGCAACCAGGAGCUCAUUGCACUCGGUCUGUGUAACUUCAUCAGCUCCUUCUUCCAAACGUUUGCCGUCACCUGCUCCAUGUCGAGGAGUCUGGUCCAGGAGAGCACAGGAGGCAAAACACAGAUUGCAGGGCUCCUGGCGUCGCUGCUGGUGCUGGUGGUGGUGGUGGCCGUCGGCUUUGUCUUCGAGCCGCUCCCUCAGACUGCGCUGGCUGCCAUCAUCAUGGUCAACCUCAUAGGGAUGUUCAAGCAGUUCAGAGACAUUCCCAGUCUGUGGAGGACCAGCAAGAUUGAACUGGCCAUCUGGGUGAUCGCCUUUAUCGCUUCUGUGCUGCUGGGACUGGACUACGGCCUCCUGGUGGCCGUCACAUUUGCCAUAUUGACAGUCAUAUACAGGACACGGAGCCCUAAAACUUCCAUCCUGGGUCACGUCGCUAACACGGGGCUCUACUGUGACGUCGACGAGUAUGAAGAGGCGGCUGAAUAUGAGGGGAUUAAGAUCUUCCACUCCAACUCUUCAGUCUACUUUGCUAACAGUGACCUGUAUGUGAACAGCCUCAAGGAGAAGGUAGCAGUGUGUUUGAGUGUGUGGAAGCAAACAGAAACCCUUUUUCAUGACGUUUUGUCCCAGAGCCACGUGGCGGAGGAUCAGAAGAACGGCCAGUUUGGCGACAGACAUGGCGACUCAGAGGAGGCGGUCUUCCUUGAGCCUUUCAGCACAGUCCACUCCAUCAUCCUGGACUGGACGUCUGCAACUUUCAUCGACUCAGUGGGAGCUAAAGCCAUCAGACAGGUUCUGGCCCUUUCUCCAGCGCUGCACUGCACAGGAGCACCAGCUGCAUAUUUUCACUGA